GAAGCAGCAACGGCGAGUCUCUCCGCACUGACAGCCAGAUUUCCACUCGCUUUCCAGAGCCCGUUUGCACAGAGACACACGGCCAUGGCGGGGCUUUACUGAGGGAGAACAGAAUAGCAACGCCGUUUGUUCAUACCCGCUGCGUUCUGCUGCUUAUCUGCGGGAAAAGGACUGCAUUAAAGACUUGGAUUAAAAAAAAAAAAAAAAGCAAUAGAGGUUUAGUAAAGCAGAAAGAAUGGCCGACCGUGAUAGCCUACCGCUUCCUCUGGAGGUGAGAGCCAGACUCGCCGAGCUGGAGCUGGAAUUAUCCGAAGGCGACAUCACACAGAAAGGCUAUGAAAAGAAGAGGUCAAAAUUAAUUGGUGCCUACCUCCCACAACCACCAGGGGUGGAUCCAUCACUGCCUCAAGAACGCCGCACCCCAGUUACCCCGUCCUCCUCCUCCCGAUACCACCGGCGCAGGUCCUCAGGCUCGCGGGAUGAGCGCUACAGAUCAGAUGUACAUACAGAGGCAGUGCAGGCGGCCCUGGCUAAACACAAAGAACGGAAGAUGGCAGUGCCCAUGCCCUCAAAGCGCCGCUCCCUGGUGGUGCAAACUUCAAUGGAUGCCUACACACCCCCAGACACCUCCUCGGGCUCAGAGGGAGAGGGCUCUGGGCAGGGAGAUUCCCAGGGGACGCCCACCUCUAGCCAGGGCAGCAUUAACAUGGAGCACUGGAUCAGCCGGGCCAUCCAUGGAUCCACCACCUCUUCCACUACCUCCUCCUCCUCCACGCAGAGCGGAGGCAGCGGGGCAGCCAGACUUACGGACCUCACAGCUCAGACGCAUAUCGGGCCAAUUGCUCACCUUUCACUGAAGAGAAAAAGUAAGAGUGGCACAGUUGAGAAUGGAAAUUCAUUGCGUCGGUCCUGCGAAUUUGGAUCUGAACUCGCCUGGCAACCCUUGGAAACAGAGGAAAACCAUCUUGCACCCCCAGAUGUCACCACUUACACCUCAGAGCACUCCAUACAGGUGGAGAGACCACAGGGCUCCACAUCAAGAGCCGUGCCCAAGUACGGCAAUGCAGAGCUCAUGGAGACUGGAGACGGUGUGCCGGUCAGCAGCAGAGUAUCAGCUAAGAUCCAGCAGCUUGUUAAUACCCUGAAGAGGCCCAAGCGACCACCUUUAAGAGAGUUCUUUGUCGAUGAUUUUGAAGAACUGCUGGAAGUACUACAGCCAGACCCAAACCAGCCCAAACCCGAGGGAGCCCAGAUGCUGCCGAUGCGAGGGGAGCAGUUGGGGGUGGUGACUAACUGGCCUCCGUCUCUAGAAGCAGCCCUGCAGAGAUGGGGGACCAUCUCUCCCAAAGCACCCUGCUUGACCACAAUGGACACUAAUGGAAAAGCACUAUAUAUCCUCACUUACGGAAAGCUGUGGGCCCGCAGUAUGAAGGUGGCCUAUAAUAUUUUACAUAAACUGGGAUCAAAGCAGGAGCCGAUGGUCAGGCCAGGUGACCGGGUAGCUCUUGUGUUUCCCAACAAUGACCCUGCUGCCUUCAUGGUGGCAUUUUAUGGCUGUUUACUGGCAGAAGUUGUUCCAGUGCCCAUUGAAGUGCCACUAACGAGAAAGAGACCGACACCUGCUGGGGAAGUCAGAAUGAUACAGGAUGCGGGGAGCCAACAGAUUGGGUUUCUGUUGGGAAGCUGUGGAGUCACUGUAGCCUUGACUAGUGACGCUUGCCAUAAAGGACUGCCUAAGAGCCCGACGGGGGAGAUACCACAGUUUAAAGGGUGGCCAAAGCUGCUAUGGUUUGUCACAGAAUCAAAACACUUGUCCAAACCUCCCCGAGACUGGUUCCCACAUAUCAAGGAUGCAAAUAAUGACACUGCCUACAUCGAGUACAAGACCUGUAAAGAUGGAAGUGUGCUGGGAGUGACUGUGACGAGAAUUGCACUGCUGACUCAUUGUCAGGCGCUGACCCAGGCCUGCGGAUACACAGAAGCUGAGACCAUUGUGAAUGUAUUGGACUUUAAGAAGGAUGUUGGGCUCUGGCACGGCAUUCUCACGAGUGUCAUGAACAUGAUGCACGUUAUCAGUAUCCCGUAUUCCCUUAUGAAGGUCAACCCUCUUUCCUGGAUACAAAAAGUGUGCCAGUACAAGGCAAAAGUGGCAUGUGUGAAAUCGAGAGACAUGCACUGGGCCCUGGUGGCACACCGAGACCAAAGGGAUGUGAACCUGUGCUCCCUGCGGAUGUUAAUAGUGGCUGAUGGAUCCAAUCCUUGGUCAAUUUCUUCGUGCGAUGCAUUCCUCAAUGUCUUCCAGAGUAAAGGGCUGCGUCCAGAGGUCAUCUGUCCAUGUGCCAGCUCUCCCGAGGCUCUCACUGUGGCUAUUCGAAGGCCAACAGAUGACAGUAAUCAGCCUCCUGGCAGGGGAGUCCUGUCUAUGCAGGGACUGAGCUAUGGGGUGAUCAGGGUGGACUCUGAAGAAAAGCUGUCUGUUCUGACAGUGCAGGAUGUUGGCACAGUCAUGCCAGGAGGGCUCAUGUGUGUGGUGAAACCGGAUGGGGUCCCUCAGAUAUGCAGGACGGAUGAAAUCGGAGAGCUGUGUGUGUGCUCCAUUGCUAGCGGUACAUCCUACUACGGCCUUUCAGGCAUGACCAAGAACACCUUUGAGGUAUUCCCAAUGUGCAGCUCUGGGGCGCCCGUCAGUGAAUACCCGUUUGCCAGGACUGGGUUACUAGGGUUCAUAGGCCCGGGGGGGCUGGUGUUUAUCGCAGGGAAAAUGGACGGGCUGAUGGUGGUCAGUGGCCGGAGACACAACGCUGAUGAUAUUGUAGCGACGGCGCUUGCUGUGGAACCCAUGAAAUUUGUCUACAGGGGAAGGAUAGCUGUGUUCUCCAUCAGUGUCCUUCAUGAUGAAAGGGUAGUGAUUGUUGCCGAGCAGAGGCCUGACUCCACAGAGGAGGACAGUUUCCAGUGGAUGAGCAGGGUGUUACAGGCAAUAGACAGCAUUCACCAAGUAGGGGUCUACUGCUUGGCCCUCGUUCCAGCCAAUACCCUCCCGAAAACUCCUCUCGGUGGCAUUCACCUGUCUGAAACGAAACAGCUGUUCUUGGAAGGCUCUCUACACCCUUGCAAUGUGCUGAUGUGUCCACACACCUGUGUAACAAAUCUGCCCAAGCCAAGGCAAAAGCAGCCAGAGAUCGGGCCUGCCUCUGUGAUGGUGGGGAACCUGGUGUCUGGGAAGCGGAUCGCACAGGCCAGUGGAAGAGAUCUAGGACAGAUUGAAGACAAUGACCAGGCAAGAAAGUUCCUCUUCCUCUCAGAAGUGUUACAGUGGCGAGCUCAGACCACUCCCGACCAUGUACUUUACACACUCCUCAGCUCACGGGGGACAAUAGCCAGCUCCCUGACUUGCCUUCAGCUGCACAAGAGAGCAGAGAAGAUCGCAGCAAUGCUGGGGGAGAGGGGCCACCUACAAGAUGGAGACCAUGUGGCUCUGGUGUACCCUCCAGGAAUAGACCUGAUUGCAGCAUUUUACGGGUGUCUGUAUGCAGGCUGUGUGCCAAUAACAGUGCGACCUCCACAUCCACAGAACAUAGCCACUACGCUGCCCACUGUAAAGAUGAUUGUAGAGGUCAGCCGGUCAGCCUGUAUAAUGACAUCGCAGGUAGUAUGUAAACUGCUGAGGUCAAAGGAAGCAUCGGCUGCAGUAGAUGUGAGAACAUGGCCCCCUGUCCUGGAUACAGAUGAUUUGCCAAAGAAACGACCUCCCCAAGUAUACAAGCCCUCGGACCCGGACACAUUGGCCUAUCUGGAUUUCAGUGUGUCCACAACAGGAAUGCUUGCAGGAGUGAAGAUGUCUCACACAGCCACCAGUGCCUUUUGCCGGUCAAUCAAGCUGCAGUGUGAGCUUUAUCCAUCUCGAGAGGUGGCCAUCUGCCUAGACCCUUACUGUGGGCUUGGGUUUGUUCUGUGGUGCCUAUGCAGUGUAUAUUCAGGGCAUCAGUCAAUCUUGAUCCCACCUUCAGAGCUGGAGAUAAACCCUGCACUGUGGCUCCUUGCAGUCAGUCAGUACAAAGUCCGAGACACCUUCUGUUCAUACUCUGUGAUGGAGCUGUGCACCAAAGGGCUUGGGCUGCAAACAGAAUCGCUCAAGUCAAGGGGACUGGACCUGUCGCGUGUGCGGACUUGCGUUGUUGUAGCAGAGGAGCGGCCCAGAAUAUCUCUCACCCAGUCCUUCUCCAAGCUCUUCAAGGACCUCGGACUCCACCCCCGAGCUGUGAGCACGUCAUUCGGCUGCAGGGUCAACCUGGCCAUUUGUUUACAGCCUCACAGGCUGGGGAAGCUGGCCGAGCAGGGGACUUCAGGACCUGACCCGACCACUGUGUUUGUCGAUAUGAGAGCGUUGAGACACGACCGGGUUCGUUUGGUAGAAAGGGGGUCUCCUCACAGUUUGCCUCUGAUGGAAUCAGGCAAAAUCCUGCCUGGGGUUCGAAUCAUCAUCGCCAAUCCUGAAACCAAGGGACCCCUGGGAGAUUCACACCUUGGGGAGAUCUGGGUUCACAGCGCUCAUAAUUCCAGUGGCUAUUUCACAGUCUAUGGAGAGGAAUCUCUGCAGUCUGAUCAUUUCAAUUCACACCUGAGCUUUGGAGAUACACAAACAAUCUGGGCCCGGACUGGGUACUUGGGCUUCUUGAGGAGAACAGAGCUUACAGAUGCAAGUGGAGAGAGACACGAUGCCCUUUAUGUGGUGGGAGCGCUGGAUGAAGCCAUGGAGCUGAGAGGAAUGAGGUACCAUCCCAUUGACAUUGAGACGUCAGUGAUCAGGACACACAAAUGCAUCACAGAAUGUGCUGUGUUCACGUGGACUAACUUGCUGGUGGUGGUCGUGGAACUGGACGGCUCAGAGCAAGAGGCCUUGGACCUGGUUCCUUUGGUCACCAAUGUGGUCCUGGAGGAACAUUACCUUAUUGUGGGGGUAGUGGUGGUGGUGGACAUGGGAGUGAUCCCUAUAAACUCUCGCGGAGAGAAGCAGCGGAUGCACCUGCGGGAUGGCUUCCUGGCAGACCAGCUAGAUCCCAUUUAUGUGGCCUACAACAUGUAGCCUUCUGCAUCAAGGCUUUUACUGACUCUACAAUAUGUACAUACAAGAAAAAGUGGUGUCUGCUACAGUAAAAAAAAAAAAAAAAAAGAGAAGGAUGACGAAUAAAAACGGAACUGUUUUGUGUUAUUACAAAUUUAAAGAUGCACUCCAGAUUGGCAAGAGCCGUGUGAGAUGUACAUUUUGCCACUAAAUUUUAAACACAAGGACAGUGGAACCCUCACAGUUUUUAUUUAGGGCAGAGUAAGAAGACCCUGCUGUUAGAAAGUGACUCUUGCUUAUUUUGGAUGGUGCUGCUUUUUAAGUAAGUGUGGCUUUAUAUUUUUUAUGUUACAUAUGCUGAAGUCGCUCAUUUUUUAAAAUCUGCCCUCUGAGAGGUACAGUACAGUA